CAUGUAUCAGGUUCAAUUGGACGCAUUCUCUUGGGAACUGCUGCUUUGGUCUCAAAGACGAUUAUAAGCAGAGACAUUUUUCGUAUCAAAUUUAUGUGAUUUGAAUACAAUUAGGUGGAUGCUUAUUGACAAGUAAAGAAUGGAUGAGACCAUGAAGCAAUUCCAGAAAAGCUUAAUUGAACUCGAGACUGAAGCUGAGCGUCUCCUCCUAGCUCGAAACCAGAUGGUUGAAAAUGACAGGGUGAGGAAUGGGAACAGAGAAGCACUUACAUCUCUGAGGAAGAUAGCUCGGACAACCAAAACUAGUGUUCCAUCUCCUUUUGAGUCAAUAAUGAAGGAGAUUGGGGGGCCUCAAUCAAGACCUCUGGUGAAGGAGGUAUGCCCUACCUGUGGCAACCAUGAUUCAAAUGAGCGCACUUGGAUGAUGUUCCCGGGAACUGAUGUCUUUGCAAGGAUUCCAUUUCAUGUUGCCCAUACCAUCUUGGAGACAGGUUUUCUCUCAAGCUGCUUUUUAUUUUUCUUUUUAUGCAACUAAUUGGGACAUAUACCCAACUGUAUUAUUAAGAAGUGCAACUCUUUCACAUAUCAAUAUAUUCAUAUAACCAUGUAUCACGAAGGAUUAAUGAAUAAUCUCGAGUGUCCACUGUAGUAGCCCUUGUGAGCAAAACGGGUUAAAUAAACUAUGUAGCAUCUUUAAACAAAUUGGUUGAGCUAUUUAUGAAUUCUUAAACCUUUGAAGCUCUAGUGUUUUGUUUAAAAGGCCUAUAGAUGUUCGUGAAGAUGCCAUCUUCCCUGAUGCAACUUCUAUUUAUCUUACAAAAGGAAGCUAUGCUUCAGAUCACAUUGGCAAAUUUGAAAUAAGAUCAGAGGGAUUUGUUCAGCAUUAAGUUUUUGUUAUUAACUCAGUUUCUCCUACUGAAAAGUUUCAAACUUUUAAUGUGUCAGACUGGAUAGUGUUCUUGCUUGUCAAUCAUAAUUUCUCAAACUUAACCGUUGACGCUUCUUGGAGGAAUUCAUUCGAGUUUCUAGACGCUUCUUAGAUGUUCGUGUUUUGCUGCGUUGCUGUCCUGUCUCUUAUUGCUGCCAAAGUUGGGAAGUAUGGCUCAUGAACUCUCAGAAUUCAUUAGUUGUCAUCUGUGCCUUCUCAUAAAAAAUAUAUGUUUUUAUAGAUUUAAAUAAUUUUAGUUGGGAAGUACGGACCGGCUCAUACCAUGAACAUGAUCGUUGGAAUAUUAGUUGGAUUCUUGGCGUAGUAGUCGGUGAAUUCUUGGCGUAUUAGUCAUUGAAUUGUUAACGAAGAAUCCAACAACGAUGAAUGUUAGUCGUAGUUUGAACCUGA